AACUUAGAAAUAGUCCAAAAACCCGCMACCAAUACAUUUUAACCCGCGACAUUGUUUUCAGUGUUGUCCAAUGACAGGAAAAUCGCGAACAUGGCAACACUGCUGCGCGAGCUUACCCGGAAGUGUAUGUCAGCAAACGUGUAAUGUUUAUAAUUUUCUAACGUGGUUUGUCGAUGAGGUAUCACACAACUCAACAUCUUCAUUUUCCGUUUUUGAUUACUAAUAAUGCACCUUGUCAUUUAAGCUACAGUUUCCCGACACGUUUACCGCUGUUUAAUUUAAAUUUAUAGUCAUAGAAACUAGCUAACUAACGUUAUGGACUGGGGAUUGGCGCUCGAGGAGGACAUGGCGCGCGAAACCUCCGCCACGGGAAACCCUSAGCAGCAAUACAACCCCUGGUCCAACCAGUCCAACCCAUGGUCAGAUCCAGGCUGCACCUCGGGAUCUAUAGGGGAGCUGGAAAAUCUGGCCCCAGGGGAUGGACACCAUGGCACUCACUCGAAGAAGCAAGGCGUCCAGACAGAUGCCUGGACAGCAGACAAAGAUGUUAACACAGAUCAGGAUUGGGAGUCACUGAUGCGGUCAGUGGAUGAGUACAGCACUCACCUUGCCCUGCAAUAUGAGGAGCUGAUGAAGCAGCAGCAGGAGGAGGAGGCUGAUCAUGGCAACCUCGUAGACAGCCUGGUUCAGAAGAAAGAUGAGGGGAUCCACCAGCAGCAGGUGCUGCUGGACAAAAUUGAGUCUCUGCGUGUGAAGCUUCAGCUGAACUGCUGCAAGACCACCCGCAAGAACUUUGCAGUCAAGAAGCAAGACCUCAGUGCGGAGAAAAUCAAAAUGGAGGAGGAGAGGAACAGACUGUCUCAGGAGCUGAAGGAGACCACCAGGAAGCUGGCUUUGCUGAUAGAGGAGCAGAACCAGGAAAAGCUUAUGUGGGAGCGGGAGCUAGCAGACUUGAACACUGAGAUGGAGCGGCUACAGAAAGAGUCAGAGGAGGCCACCCAGACAGCUCUACGGGAUGAGAUUGCAGCUCUGGAAAUGCAGAGAGAUGUGACCAUGUCUGAGGUGGAUGACUGGCUGAAAGAGGCUGACCAAUACAUAAACACACUUAGAUUUGACCCCUCUCAGCAGCACAUGCAACAAAGGCUGGAGUGGGAGAACAAUGUGGCUGUUGUUCACAGCAGUUUGGCGGGACUGCAGAAUCAGUUCAAGGAGCACCUUCACCUGCUGCAAAAGGGCCAACCGAUGGAAAGCCUCCCUGGAGUCACAUUACCACACUUACCCCAAGUCCCCACGGUGGACUUGGUGAUGAGUCCGAUGAUGUACGCUCCACCCCUCCCCCCCUUUCAACAUUUCCAGAUGGGCCCUCCUAACGCUGUGGGGAUGCCCUUCCAACCCCAGCAGCACCACCCAGCUGCCUUCAUAGCCCCAGCCAGAUUAACUCCCCCACCUGUCCCCUCCUCUACUCCCCCUACCUCCGCUCUACCGCUCCACCCAGCCACCCCACCUGUUUCCCUGCCCACCACCGUGGCCUCCGCCCAGCCCCUGCCUUUCAGUAACCCUCCUGCUGCUGGCAAACUGGACAACCUGCUGAAGAGAUUGGGGGACAUAUUUCCACAGUGCAACAGAACUCAACUCAUGUCAGUGCUGCAGCAGAUUAAGAAUUCCCGUGGCACCAUGGCUGGCAUGUCUAUGGACGAGGUCACACAGCAGGUGGCACAGAGACUGGCACAGAGUGAGAAACCGGCUCCAGGGCCCAUCAGGCCUCUUUCUGCUGCCAGGGGCGUUCCUGGUCUUCCAGGCCCAAUCCAGCGCCCUCCAGGCCCAAUCCAGAGGCCUCCUGGCCCCAUUCAGAGACCCACAAAUCCCCCUCAGAGACCUGCAGUAACUCAAGUCUUCCAGACAAGGCCCCCACAGCCUGUGGCUCCCAGUAAUCGUAAGCUGUGCUUGAUGUGCCAGAACCACGUGGAAGCAGACAGCCAGCACCCCAUGAGCUGCGCCCACACUGUUCAUAAGGAUUGCAUCAGUGUAUGGCUACAGUCCAGCAAGAACAACACCUGCCCCUUCUGCCCAGCCAAGUGAAAGGAGUAGCAAAAAAGACCGAAAGGAGAAGACAUGAAGGGAAAAAGGAGCUGAACACUGAUAGUGUUCUGUUCAGCGUCACAGAACGGAAGAAGGAGAUGGUGGAAUAAGAUUCACAUCAACUAAAAACAGAGCAGACAUGGUGASGUAUUACUAUUCACCUACAGUGCAUUCAGACAGUAUUCAGAUCCCUUGACUUUUUCAACAUUUUGUUACGUUACAGCCUUAUGCUAAAAUAGAUUAAAUUAAACAAGUUUCCUCAUCAAUUGACACACACCAUGAUGACAAAGGGAAAACAGGUUAUUUAAGUAUUCAGACCCUUUGCUAUUAUGAGACUCGAAAUUGAGCUCCGGUGCAUC